UUCCUUUGUGCCAUCACCAUUCACCUUUCACUCGGUACUGCUCAAGUGCUAUUCACUUUCAAAAAACAUGCGUGUGUAGAUUCAGGUUUUACAACACCACUGCCGGCCUGAGCCCUGAUGACAGGGUUUAUGGCAUCUUCCUAUGCAGAGGGGACACCAAACCCCAGCUAUGCCAAGAUUGUGUCAAGGCUGCCAGUGAGGACCUAGUAAAUCGGUGCCCAAACCAGAAAGAGGCAAUCAUAUGGUUUGAUGUGUGCAUGGUGCGGUACGCCAACCGUGCCAUAUUCUCCUACAUGGAACAAAGGCCUAGAGCGUCUGCACAGAGUCCAACUGCUAUCCGCUCAGACUCGGAUGAGUUUAUUAGGAUUUUGGGAGAUUUGAUGGACAGGCUGGUGACAAGAGCCGUCUCAGGAUCUCCUCAGGACAUGUUUGCUAUUGAAGAAGUGAAAGUAACAGAUUUCAGGAACUUGUAUGGAUUGGUGCAGUGCACUCCAGAUAUAUCUCAACAUUUCUGUAAUGUUUGCUUGAGAAAUGCAUUAGGUGAUAUUCCAACGUGCUGUGGCGGGAGGGAGGGUGGAAGAGUUCUUGCACCGAGUUGCACUAUAAGAUAUGAAUCAGGCCCCUUUUUCGAAACCAAUGGAACGACAGUGCCAUCGUCUCCUCCUGCGACUUCAUCUUCGCAGCCACCAACCAUCCCUCCUGGAAAGAGGAGUAAGAUAUCCAGAAUUGUCCUGACUACGGCGGUUCCUACAGUAAUAGUUGUGCUUAUCAUUCUCAUAUGGUUCCUUGUGAGGUGGAAUCGCAAAGAGAAAGUUGAAAAUGAUGAAAUUAUAAGUGUGGAAUCCUUACAAUUCAACUUAAGUACUAUUAAAGUUGCAACAAACAAUUUUUCAAAUAUGCUUGGAAGGGGUGGAUUCGGUGAUGUUUACAAGGGAGUACUUUCAAAUGGACAAGAAAUAGCGGUGAAGAGGCUAUCAAAGAAAACAGAUCAAGGUGAACCAGAGUUUAAAAAUGAAGUUCUACUAUUGGCCAAACUUCAACAUAGGAAUUUGAUUAGACUCCUAGGUUUUUGCCUAGAAGGAGAGGAGAGACUUCUCAUUUAUGAGUUCCUGCUCAAUUCAAGCCUUGAUCACUUCAUCUUUGAUCCUGCUAAAAGGGUAUGUUUGGACUGGGAGAGGCGUCAUAGAAUCAUAAAAGGCAUUGCACGUGGACUUCUAUACUUACAUGAAGAUUCUCGUCUUCGAAUAGUCCAUUGUGAUCUCAAAGCUAGCAACAUCCUUCUAGAUGAAGAUAUGAAUCCUAAAAUUUCAGAUUUUGGUAUGGCAAGGUUGUUUUCAAUGGAUCAAACUCAUGCUAAUGCGAGUCGAAUUGCAGGAACCUAUGGAUAUAUGGCUCCAGAAUAUGCACAUCAAGGCCACUUCUCUACUAAGUCGGAUGUAUAUAGUUUUGGCGUAUUAAUUCUAGAAAUUGUAAGUGGCCAAAAGAUUUGUUUUGAUAAUGGAGAGGAGUUAGAGCACCUUGUGACCUAUGCUUGGAGACAUUGGAAUGAAGGGAGGGUUGUAGAUAUUGUCGAUCCAAUUUUGGGGACUAAUUUAAGAAAUGAAAUAAUAAGAUGCCUUCACAUUGGGUUACUAUGUGUACAAGAAAGUGUAGCUAAUAGGCCAACAAUGGCAUUGAUUGUUUCCAUGCUCAACAGCUAUUAUCUCCCUCUUCCCAAUCCCUCACGACCUGGAUUUUUAAUGCAAAGUAGCACACAGAUAGCGGGGCAUAGUUCUCAAAUGAGAAUCUCAACCCACUUUACGGUGAAUGAAGUUUCAAUUACUGAUUUAUAUCCUCGAUAAAUUCCAAUUUGUGUAAGAUCGUUAGAUAUAUUGUAACUAGUCAUCAUAUAUAUUGCAAUUAAUUGUAGAUAUGUC